AUGGCGCACUCUAAACUUGCAUGUGCAUCACUGAUCAUUAACAGCGCAUUUUUAGAAAGUGAUGAUAAGGAGAAAGAUAAUGAAAUUGGUGUGUUGUCUCUACUCCAAAUGCAAACUUCAAUGUGUUCUGCUCUAAUGACCCUGGUCCCUCAACGUCGGUUGAGAAUACCUCGUAUGAAUAAUUACGUUGAGGAGAUCAUUCCCAAGUAUGCCGAAGAAGAUUUCAGACGAAGAUUUAGAAUGAGUAGAGCAACGUUUACAUCUCUUUUGUCAAUAUUCCUCGAAUUUAAAGACAAAACAAUUAUAUCCAUGGAAAAGCAGCUAUUAAUUUUCAUACGCUAUUUGACGACACAAAUGACAAUACAAGCUAUUGGUGAUCAGUUUGGAGUGUGCGAAUACACAGUCUUUGAUAUUGUAAAGCGCCUUGCAAAUAUUGUUUGUCGACAACUACUGCAGCAGUACAUAAAAUGGCCAGUUGGUGAAAAGGUUUCCGACGUUGUGAAAGGAUUUAAAGAUUUAAAAAAUUUCCCGGGUGUAAUUGGUGCCAUUGACGGCAGUCACAUACCUAUAAAAACUCCAACCCAUUGUCCAGAAAACUACGUUAAUCGAAAGUUAUUUCCUUCUGUUAUUCUUCAGACAGUGUGCGAUUCAAAAAUGCAUUUGUUAGAUGUUAACUGUGGUUGGCCAGGAUCGGUACAUGACUCCCGAGUUUUUAAAAACUCAGAGUUGCACCAGAGAAUUCAGAACAACCCAGAGGAGAUGCUUCCUUACAAUUCACACCUUUUGGGGGACUCGGCUUAUGGUCUUGAAAUGUGGAUGAUGACUCCCUAUAGGGACCGUGGAAACCUCACACAACGUCAACAUCAGUACAACUACAUCCACAGCAGUACUAGGAUGGUCAUUGAACGUACUUUUGGAGCUUUAAAAGGACGAUUCCGUCGCUUAAAAUAUGUAGAUAUUCAGGACAUUGAAAAAAUUGUAAAAGUAGUCAUUAGUUGCUGUGUAUUGCACGAAUUUUGUUUACAGCAUGAUGAUGACUGUAUAGAGUUUAUUGAGGAAGGAGGAGAGUACGAAAUUAACAGCUUUGUUGAAAUUUUAUGUGGAAGCACUGCUGCAAAUGAAAAAAGGGACAUUAUUUCAAGACUUCUGUGA